GCUCCACUGCAAAGUCAAAUUCAUUCUUCAUUCAUCCAAAUUUCAACUCCAAUUCCCUUUUUUGUCUUUCAUGGCCGUCACUUCCAUGCAGCGAUUCCGGCUCGGCACCGUCAUCCGGGAUUUCGAGAUCCUGACCUCAGAUGUAGCGGGCGAGAAAGGCUUUGUUUUUCUGGAGGAUGUCCAGUAUGCCUUUGAUACGGAGGCCGCCAGGUUUGAGGCCGGUACCAUGGCCAUCCCUUUCAUGAGAGGACCUGAUCAUCGCAAGUACGUUCCGGAGCGGAUCCCUUGUCGACCGGACGUCAUCGUUGACAUUAUCGAGGAUCCAUCGACUGUGGCAAUAACCCAACAACCACCGGCACCGCCAAGCUCUGUAGUUUUUACAGAGGUCGAUCCAACACCAGCUUUGGAGGCGACAGUCCAGACUCUGGUGAUUCAAGAGACUCAGCCGGUGUCAGUAGUUGCCGCAUCAGUACCUCUGCCAACCACGGAGCUUGUAAUGAACAAGCAGCAGCCCCCAGAACCGAUCGAACCAAGCUCCCAGGUUGCCAUGUCGACAGCAGUAUCAGCGACUACAACAAUAGCAGUCGCAGCCCCCAUUUCUGCGCCCAUCGACCCCGAAAUCUUGCUAUCCGCCGCCAACCCCGAGUUUAAACAAUUUGUCCACGGCCGACUCGAAGAACUGGUCGACAAAUCCGAGCGAAUGAUUCGAAUGCAGCAGGAAGCUCUGGACCGGUUGGCUUUGGUCCAAACCAAAGCUGAGGCGAUCUUGAUUCAAAACUUUGAACUCCUCGAGUACACGAUCCCGCGAUUGUUUAUCGUCCUGCCAGAGACAACUUCCUUGAAAUGGAAUCCUGACAACUUGUUAGGGACAAAGUUUCGGUUAUACUUUAUUUGCGAGUGUGGAGAACAUACCAAGCGAGCUGGGAGCAAGAUCCCGCAUCACUUGCAUUUGGCGAAACAUGAUGGGUACUCGAUCACACAACCAAACAAGUUCUUUGUCCACUAUGGUCCGUAUCUGCUAGUGAUGCUGACCCUGUUGAAGCAUGGUAUCUCGAUUGCUGGGGUUGUGGUCCCGGCUUUGGCGACUUUGAAAGUGGUUGAUGUGGUGGAUUCGGUCAAGGAGUCUUGCGAGACGGUGACGCGGCAGGUGAUUGAUGGUGUUGAUCAAUCGAUCUCAUUUUUGGAAGAUUUUCAUGUCAAGGAACUGCAAAAGAAGGAAGGCUCGAUCGAUCUGCAGAAAUCGUCCCAGAACGAGAUUGCAGAGUACUUGUUGGAUGUCAAGGGUCUCGAAGGUGCUGAUCUGCGCCAGUUGGCUUCGUAUCUGUCGACGGGCGAUUCUGAUAAUCUUUUGGGGAACUUGUAUCGGAUCACGACUAAACAUGGCCAUGUCAAGUGGGUCUGCAAGGAUCACUACCGCGAGGGUUAUCAAGCGGCGAACAACAUGAGACUUUGCGAGGCCGUCAAGACUGCUCGUGGAGUCGUCGAUGAGCAAGUAGGCAAAGUGGUAGUUACUAUCAAGUCGGCUGUCGCAGCAGCUCAACUAUACGAGGCGCUUCUCAAAUCCCAGGGUAUCUAUGAACUGAAUCUCACCCUGGCAUGGAACCAAGAGAAUUCGGAUCUGACGCGGCUCAAAGAAAUGAUCAAGAAAGCCACCAUCGCGACUCUGACGCUGGACUUGCAACUGAAGACUGGACCGACUUUUGGAAUCAGUUUGACAGGCAAACGGCGAUACGACCCUAUUCUUUCGAUGCUCCAAUACCCGACGUUGAAGAAUGUCCAUCUCCGAGGAGUCCCUGCAGAUUUCUUUCGUCGUUCAGGACUCUCAGCCAAGGAGGAUUAUCCAAACCUCAAGACUUUUGAGAUGGGCGAAUGGGCAUCAUUGGACAAGGACGACGUCAAGAUCUGUACUCUAGCCUCUCGAUCUCCGAACCUGGAACGGAUGCAACUCAACGUGUAUAGUGAUCAAGUCUUGAUCAUGAUUGUAGCGAUCCUGAACUCUCGAUGGGGUGAUGCAGUCCCACUCAAGCUUCAACUUGGAGCUGUAGACUCGGCUACAGGUGUGUGGUUCGAGAUGCUGAUCCCCAGAGGUGAUCUGGUCGAUAUCGAAUGGAGGGAUUUCCCGGGGUUUUUGAAAGAGUGGGGGCAUCAUGUCACGAACUUGGGUCUGUGCAACGAAAUCACGGAAGAGAUUGCGGUCGCUUUGGCUCAGGCAACGACAAAGGCAGCAACCAAGCAGUCCAGUCUCGAGAUUUUGGACGUUGAGCGAUCGGCCAAGGUGGAUCCGAAACAGAUGACCGUUGGUCGUGCUCAAGCCUUGCGAAGAGUGGUUGCCCAAAGUCCAUUGAAGUCCUUGACGGUUGAUAUAGCCUGUGCCGCAGAUGUGCAAGUUGUGUCGCAGAUCCAGUGGCAGUACUUGCGCCGACUCCGAGUCUCGAGCUUGUUGGACCCCAAGACUUUACCGCUCUCAACCUUGUUACGAUCCAUGCAGUCCUCCGGCAAAGAUGCCAUCCUGGUCGAAGAUUUCACAAUCUUUGGCCGCGGGUUUGACGAACCUUACUUUACUCAACUCCAUGGUGUGAUUAGCCGCUUACCGAGACUGAAACGGUUGGUGAUUGCGAACGCGUUGUUUGUAGAGCAAUGGUUGAAAUUGGUGGCCGUGAUGGAUUUUGAUUGUUUGGAGUAUUUGGAGAUUCAUACACCGAAAUUUACGUUGAAGAAUGUGGAGCAGUUUGUGGCUGCGAUACCACUAAAGACAAGUUUGAAGACGUUAGUGUUGGAAGGGGCGAAUUUUGGAGGGGAGUUUACGAUUACGGAUCCGGUGCAAGUUUCGGUUAUGAAGGCGAGGGGUAUUAAGGUUGUUGAUAGUCGAGAAAAGUUGGAUUAGAUACAGUAAUAUAAGAAACGCGACGCACAGCUCAAAUUUGUUAUGGUUCACUCAACUCUAAACAGAACGUGACUAUCAUAUAAUCACAGUUAGGUUCAUAUGUAGGAAAUAAAGUAGAGUCCCCGUCAGUGGGCGGUCGAUGAAUACAUUUUUAAA